AUGGCCAACCCCAAGAUAGCAAACGACAAUUGGAAAAAGAAUCUCUCUGCCACCAUCUGCUGUCCUGAAUGUAAGGAAGUCCCACCGAAUCUGGAGUUCCCUGAUUCUCAUGAGACUGUCUGUGGAUCCUGCGGUCUAGUUCUCGCAGAUCGCGAAAUUGACCUGCACUCCGAAUGGCGUACUUUCUCAAACGACGAUCAAAACAACGAUGAUCCGUCCCGUGUGGGUGACGCGAUGAACCCGCUCCUGAAUGGCGAUCAGCUCGAGACCUCAAUCGCCAGUGGUGCCUCCGGCCGAGCUCGAGAAUUGUACCGAGCUCAAAACAAGCAAUCCAAUGAGAAAUCCAACAAGGCCCUCAUGGCUGCGUACAAGGAGAUCGGUGCUAUGUGCGAUGGAUUCAAUAUCCCGAAGAACGUUGCCGACACUGCCAAAUACCUUUUCAAGGUUGUCGAUGACGCUAAGGCCUUUAAGGGCAAGUCUCAGGAUGUCAUUAUCGCCGGUUGCAUCUUCAUCGCUUGUCGCCAGUGCAAAGUACCCCGAACCUUUACCGAGAUCUUUGCUGUGACCAAAGUCUCCCGAAAGGAGAUUGGUCGCAUUUACAAGGCCCUCGAGAAGUUUUUCACGGCCCAGAACAUCGAACGAAACAAUGCCGUUGUAUCUAGUGGCGGUAUCGUCGAUCCAAACAAUAACUACACUGCGACUACAUCAACCAAGCCGAGCGACCUCUGCAACCGUUUCUGCAACUUGCUCGGGCUGCCUUUCCAGGUCACCAGCGUCUCUUCAUCCCUCUCCGACCGCGUCACGACCGGGGGCGAUCUUGCUGGACGUUCCCCUUUGUCCAUUGUCGCUGCCUGUAUCUACAUGGCUUCGUAUCUGAUGGGCGAUGGCAAAACCGCAAAGGAAAUCUCUCAGGUUGCCCACGUCAGCGAUGGAACUAUCCGCGGUGCCUACAAGCAGCUUUAUGCUGAGCGAGAGCGGCUGAUUGACCCAGAGUGGCUGAAGGAUGGAAAGGGCGACCUGUCUCGCCUGCCUGCCAGUUAA